AUGUGGAAUGGGAAAUUCUUUGAGAGUGUAGCAUUAAAAACUCUCGGAUUGCGCGUGCAGCUAGGCCAUACACCUGGUGAGUGUUGCUACAAUGCUCAGCCAGUGUCUUGCGACAAAUUCAUGGUGAUUGAUGUGCAUGGCAUCCACGAUGUUGCAGUAGACUUCUGUGGAUGCAAAACUGCACAGAUUCACUACAAGCAGCUUUUACGAGUUUGGUGCAUCCUGGAAUUAUUUCAUUUGCUUUCCUUUGAAUCAAAAGUAUCUGCAUACAAAUUUUACCAUAGUUUAGCAAGGCGCUCAGACAACACAGGAACUUCACCAAUCAAGGAUCAUUAUUCGGCAUUCUUAUGGGGGGUGUGUUGUACAUGCCCAGCAUGUCCGCAUCCAGGAAUCAACAUUCCUGAUGGAUGGGAGGAUUCGCCACCCAACAUUAGGUGGCAGUAUGCAUUAUUUCUCGCCAUCAAUUCCAACUUCUGGCUCAAACGCAAGGCUAUAUCUAGCGAUGAUCGCGACCCAAGUCUCAAUUCAGGAUGGGCUUAUUUCAUGGAAGGGCAUGCUUACAAGAAGUUUUUGUUUGAACAAAGUACAGAAUGGCAAGAGAGAAGCACCUGUGUCAGUCACAACACAGUGAAUACUGCUGAUACGAAGGCGUCCCGAGGACUUGCAGCGACGGGUGUUGGGUCUGUUGUCUGUGUGCGCCAUGAGAUGAAACUUCCCAAUAGUGUCGGUGACCUGCAGAAGGGAGAAAAGUAUAUCAACAUGGAUUACUUUGUCUUUUCGGUCCACAUCAGCUUCCACCUUGCUGCAUUCAACUUGUCCUAUGACAUCGCCUAUCAGUGGCAUAAGAAACUCUGGUCUCACAAUAGCACAAUGCCACAGCGACUGCAGUUUAACUGUGAAAACAAGACCAUCCGCUAUUUUGUUCCCAAAUUCCACCUCAAAGCUCACAUCCAGUCUUGCCAAACAACAUUCUUGUUGAAUUUCUCCAAAGGGGUGGGUCGGAUGGAUGGAGAGGCACCUGAAUGUGGUUGGGCGGAUAUUAAUUGUGUGGCGAUGAGCAUGAGGGAGAUGGGGCCUGGUAACCAUCGUGACAUGCUCGACGACCACUUCAGCAAUUGGAAUUGGAAGAAAACCACAAUGUUGGGGCGGACUUUACUGCACAAACUCAAGGAAGCUUCUGCAGCUGCUCGAGCCCAUUAUGAAGAACUUGCCGAACUCGAGGGUGCGAUCAACCCAUCAACAUUAGCAUUGUGGCAUGCGGAUGUAGAGGCAUGGGAGAAAGACAAUACCCAGCCAAACCCUUUCGAAAGUCGAGUCGUUCCAAUGACACAAGCUAUGGUUCACUUGGAAUUUGCAGAAUGUGAAAGACGUGAUCUGCAAGAUGGUAUUGACUCGUCCCUACAUGCCAAGAUUUCACCCAGUGUGCUCAUAGCAAAUGGACUCGAACUUGAAGAUCAGCAGAAAACAUCAAGCCAAAAUCCUACUGACAACCAAAAAGCCAAAAAUCAAAUGCAUUCAAAUGCGCUGCAGCGCAAACUUGAUGCCUGGGUUCAAAUUCAAACACUGUAUAUGCCUGCAGUUGCUUCACUUCACCUUUGUGCCCAGCAUGAUGACAGCCCGCACAAUGAAGUGCCUGAGGACUUCAUUCUUUUCCUUCCAUCACAGCUUGAUGCUGCAACUCCCUGCAAUCCCUUACUACAUCAAAUCGUGUGGCGGCUUAGAUAUGCACAGAAUGUCCGCCUGCACACCUAUCUCAAUACCUUCAAGACUCUGCACAUCCAUGGUUAUGCUCUUGACCUUGCAGAGGCCAAAAAAUGUGCCAGUCGCCUCAAAUAUGAGGCUGCUCAUAUGGCACUUGAUAACCUUGGGGAUCAUCUGGGUAUGCCGCUAAACGUGUUGGAUAUGAGACCUAUGGGUGAUGCAGGGUCUGUGGGGCAAUCAGAGGGGAGACACGACAUCCCGUGGAUAUGGAAGGCACCUGGUGUUUUGCACAACAAUGAUGCCAGAGCGCGAGCAUCCCGAUGGUCUGAAGAGUUUUCUUUGCUUAUCAGGGAGAUGCAAAGAGUACUGGCUUUUUUCCACUGGGAAAUGACUCAAUGGAAUGAACGGGGUACUGUGCGGACAUUUACUAAAGAUGCUGACCAUGAGGGGAGCGUUGCUUAUGCACAGCGCCAAGUAUCUGUUCGGGAGGGUCUGGUGAUGCAUUUCUCCAUGCUUUGGGGCGGCACUCUCUCCGCUGUGAUCUCCAAGCUUGACCCGGUCCCUGAAAUCAACACUGAAAUGGCCGAUGAUCGAAUGCCAUCAUUGGAAGGUCCUCCAUUACAGGGUGAUGAUGAGUAA